GCCAUGGCGGGGCGGCCGGGGCCUUCGGGCGUUGAGCGGGCGGGAGCCAUGGAGCGGGCCGAGAAGGCCGGAGGGCAGGCCAAGUCCUCACAGAAAAUUGAAGACUUGCUGGAAAUGGUGAAGAAGUUGCAGAAAGCGGGAAGCCUAGAGCCCAGGGUCGAAGUCCUGAUCAAUCGGAUUAACGAGGUUCAGCAAGCAAAAAAGAAAGCCAGUGAGGAGCUGGGAGAGGCCCGAACUGUUUGGGAGGCCCUGCAGAAGGAAAUGGACUCACUGAGUGGAGAGAAAGUACGCCUGAAAGAGAUCUUGAACAAAAAGCAAGAGACCCUAAGAAUCCUCAGGCUGCACUGCCAGGAGAAGGAGAGUGAGGCACAGAGGAAGCAUACCAUGCUGCAGGAGUGCAAGGAGCGAAUUUCUGCCCUGAACUCCCAGAUUGAGGAAGAGAAGAAUAAACAGAGGCAACUGAGGUUGGAUUUUGAGGCACAGCUAGAGGAUCUGAUGGGCCAGCACAAGGACCUCUGGAAGUUCCAUGGGCCAGAGCAGAUGGCUCGGGAGAUUGACACCCUGGACAGCAGCAAGGAGCACCUGCUCAAGGAAGAGAAGCUUGUGGAGGCAAAGCUGGAAGAUGUGAAGCAUCGUCUGUGUUCCCAGUUUGGGGCUGACGGCUGCUCAACCAUUGCUGAGGGGCUCUUUCUCCGCAGCCAGGAGGCUGCAGCUGCAGUGCAUCUGUUUGAAGAGGAGAACAGGAAGGCCCAGGGGCUCCUGGAUGCUGCUACACAUCACCAUGAGCAGCUGCAGCAGAAGUGCCAACAACUGCAGCAGAAGAGGCAGAGGCUUAAAGAGGAGCUGGAAAAGCUUGGGAUGCAGAUCCCUGUUCAAGCCCAAAGCAAACAAGAGGAAGGGGCUGGCCCAGGAGAACCUGCCAAUCCCAAGCUCCUAGGAGUCAUUCAGGAAAGACCCAGAGAUGCCCACCAAGGAAGGCCCUAUGCCCUCUUAGGCAAGAAGGACUCUCCCUACCAUGGAGCCUAUUCAGUGCCAUGA